AUGAGUCAUUCAACCGGACCCACAGCGUUUUCUGCAGCAAACCUUCCAGUCAUAGAUUACUCAAGAGUUAAAGCCUUUUUCUCUAACAAAACACCCGAGAAUGUGGCGGAGAACGAGAAGCUCCUAAAGGCUGUCAACGAUGUCGGCUUCAUCUAUCUUAAGAAUCAUGGUAUUACCGACGAUAGAAUGAAGCGUCUCUUUGAUUAUGCGAAGGAAUUCUUCGCUAUGCCCGUCUCAAAGAAGGAAAAGAUCGAGUCCUGUGAAAGCAAAUUUUUCCACGGCUGGUUUUCGCCGGAGCGGACCUCGAAAUCGGCAAUCGCCGACCAGAAAGAAGCGUUUGAUGUUGGCGAUGAUACAAACCUUGCCCGUCCUAACCAAUGGCCCGAAAACUGGCCUAGGUUUAGGACUGACAUGAAUUACUUUUUUCAGAAAUGUCACGAGAUCCAUGUCGAUCUGCUAAGCACAUUUGCAGAAGGCCAAGGACUGCCUAAGGAUUACUUCAACCCAUCUGUGGAUCGAAAGGACCAUUACCUCCGCCUGCUGCAUUACCCGGCUACUACACCAGACUCGAUAGGAAGUCGUCUGCGAGCCAGCCCUCACACAGAUUACGGCACUUUGACGCUACUAUUUAAUGACAACAGUGGCGGCUUACAGAUUCGCGCCAAGGAUGGUCAGUGGUUAGAAGUACCCCCCCUCCCAGGCUACGCAAUUUUGGACGCUGAGGGAAAGCUCCCACCCCGAUAUGCUCUUGCGUGGUUUGGCAAUCCAAACACAAAUGCAUGGAUUGAACCUCUUACCUCUUGUAUUGAUGCAGAGAACCCUAAGCGCUUUGAAGGUGUAUGGGCUGGUCAACACGUCGCAGACCGGAUUGCCAAACUGCAUAAGGAUGGAAAGGCUCCAGAGUUGUGGAACGACUCUAUGUAUAGAAAUAGGCAACACGCCGUGGUCUAG